AUCACCUUCUCAGGGCAGAGCUGAAAGCCCUCCUCAAAUGCCCCCCACAGGGGCAGUGGCUGUCUGUGUACAGAAUCAUGCUGAAGCAGAAACUAAACUUACUGCAGGUAUUUCCUUCUCUCCCCAGCAAGAUCAGAACAUGAACCAAAGGGAGAAUAAGGAAGUGAAUUUCUGCCCUUUCCGAGAAUGGGAGUGGAAGCUCUAGAAAUGUGAGGGUGAACAGUUGUCCCCGUUAACUCAGUGUCCAUUCAAGUGUACCUAUUCAAAGCAUUGGUCACUGAUGUAUUCUGUUUGAUUAGCUUUUCUACAUCUUUCAACCUGGAAUUUAUUCAAUGAAGAGUGGAAAUCACACAGCGGUGAGUGAGUUUGUUUUCCAGGGCUUUUCCAGCUUUCAUGAAUAUAAGCUUAUCCUUUUUGUGGUAUUUCUUACAUUGUACUUUUUAACCUUGGCUGGCAAUGUCAUCAUUGUGACAAUUAUCAGCAUUGAUCGUCACCUUCACACUCCCAUGUACUUCUUUCUUAGUGUGCUUUCCACUUCAGAGACUGUGUACACGUUGGUCAUUGUACCACGAAUGCUCUCCAGCCUCAUAGGUCUAAGCCAACCUAUCUCCUUGGCUGGCUGUGCCACCCAGAUGUUCUUUUUUAUCACUUUGGCUAUCAACAACUGCUUUCUGCUCACAGCAAUGGGAUAUGACCGCUACGUAGCCAUCUGCAACCCCCUGAGGUACAUGGUUCUCAUGAACAAGAGGGUGUGCGCUCAGCUAGUGUGGGGGGCUUGCAGUAUCGGGCUGCUUGUGGCCAUGGUACAGAUUUCAUCUGUAUUCAGGUUACCUUUUUGUGAGAGAGAAAUAGGGCAUUAUUUUUGUGACAUCCGUCCAGUUAUGAAGCUUUCCUGUGCCGAUACAACUCUGCAUGACAUAAUUAAUUUUAUCAUCAGUUCACUGGUUAUUGUCGUGCCCAUGGGCUUGGUGCUCAUAUCCUACAUUCUCAUCAUCUCCACCAUUCUCAAGAUUGCUUCUGCUGAGGGCCGGAAAAAGGCUUUUGCCACUUGCGCCUCCCACCUCACUGUUGUCAUCAUUCACUAUGGCUGUGCGUCCAUUGCCUACCUUAAACCCAAGUCAGAGAACACCAGGGAUCAGGACCAGCUGAUUUCAGUAACUUACACUGUGUUUACUCCACUCCUUAAUCCUGUUGUGUACACUUUGAGGAAUAAGGAGGUCAAGGAUGCGUUUCAACGUGUUAUUGGCAAGAAACCUCUUGCCUAAGGUCUUUAGCAGUUUACCAUAUCGUAGUCCUACUUUAUCCAUGGUUUUAGUUAGUUAGCCAAUUGUGGUCUGAAAAUACAAAAUGCAAGGUUCCAGAAAAAAUUUUUAAGUUUUAAAUUGCUUGCAUAAUGAAAUCUAGAGCAGUACUACUGCAUCCUACCUGGUACAGAAAUCAUCCUUUUGUCUAACAUAUUCAUGUUGUAUAUGCUUCUUGGCAAUUAGCAGGUACAGUACAGUAAUAUAUUUUGAGUUAAGAAAGCGACCAUAUAUGUUCACAUAAAUUUGAUUAUAGUAUAUAGAUACAAUUGUUCUAUUUUAUUAUUGUCAUUGUUAGCUUCUUAUAAAUUAAGCUGCAUCAUAAGUAUAUGUAUAUAGGAAAUAAGUGUGUAUAUGUUGUGUAUAUGAGGUUAGGUACCAUUUGCUGUUUCAGGCAUCCCCUUGGAGUUUUGGAAUUAUCCCUCAUAGACAAGGGGAGACUACAGUCUUUCAUAGUCUAGGUAUUUUUGCAAGCUCAAAAACUUGACCCUAUCAUUCAUCUCUUCCCAGAGAGAGUUACAAAAUUUGAGGUUAAGGUUGCAUUAAUGAAUCAAGAGUCUCUCUGACUUGCUCUUGUUUUUACCAUAAUUUUUCUAUGCAUUCUGCUAAUCUCGUGGAUUAUCAUCGGGGUUGCUUACAAGGGAGAAUUCUGGUACAGAUCAUAAGCCAGGGGGAAGUGAUUGCUAUGUUUGCUUUGGCAGAAAAGUGGGCAGCAUAAAGCCUAUUGGAAGUGAUAGGUUGAAAGAUCAACCUAAACACCAAAUAGAUAUUCACUCUAAAACUUCAAAGAUGACACAGUUGUUGAACUGGAUGUGUCAAAACUACAAUUCCCACUUUUUACUUUGGACAGUGACAACAGUAACAGACCCUGACAUUCCAGAAGUAAUGUUAUCAACUUUAAACUCACCUGCCUUGGAGAGCGAUGAGUUUCAUUUUCAUUUUCUAAUUUUGUUAAGGUUCACAUUAGAACUACUCUCUAGAUAAGUCUAGACCAGUAUAUUCAGUGUUAGUAAAAGUAAACAACUUGGUGAUACCUAGCCUCUGAAUUUCACAGUACUUAUAUAUAUAUAUAUAUGUGUGUGUGUGUGUGUGUGUGUGUGUGUGUGUGUUUUCUUUCAGGGAGGAGUAGUUGUUAUAUACAUGCUACUGUGUAUCAAUGUAUUCACAAGUAUAGAGAUAUCUGGAGAUCUUUUCUGAAAUUAAAUGUAUUUUUUAAAGCUUUUGCUUAUUUUUAUUUUAAGAGAGAGAGAGAGAGUCUUCCCUGGCUGUCCAGGCCAAAGCCAGGUGCCCAGAGCUCCAUCCAGGUCUCCCAUGCGGGUAAUAGUGAUCCAAGCACAUGAGCCAUCCCUUCUGCUCCCCUGAUGCAUUAUCAAAAAGCUGCAUCAGAAGCAGAGUUGCUGGGACUUGAAUCAGGGACUCCAAAAUGGGAUGCGGGUGUCUGAAGUGUUGACUUAACUGUUGCAUUGAAUGACUACUCCAGAAAUUAAAGGUAUUGGUAUCAAUUUCCAACUAACUCUUGCUAUGUCAAAUCUGGAAAGUAGCCCAUGAUUUUCAUUAUUCUCUGUAGAACACAACCUGCUAUGUAUGUCUUGCCUUUACCGUCUUCAUUGCUACCUUGAUUAACUUAUUUUCUGUGAGUAGUUGUGUAUCCCACUUAAACUUAAGUUUGAAGAGUGUUCUAAGCAAGAGUCUGGGAAUUUCUCAAUUUGUAUUGUUAUUGCCUUUUAAAAGGGAAGACAGAUUAGAUUUGCAGAAAAGAUUUAAGAUUUUGGAAUUACUUAUCCUGAGGAAAAAAGAAGCAGGACUCAUUAAAUGUCUUCCAGUUCAUAUGGGCUGCUAUAUAAAAAAGAAAAAUCAGUCAGUAUCUCCCAACCAUCAUGACUACUCCAUUGUCCCCACUGAAAAUGCAUUGAAAGUACAAGUCAGAAAGAAUACCUGGGACUCCUUAACAGAAGAAGGACCAAGGAGGGACGUUUUCGCGCCUGUGGAGUAUUGCUUGAAAGAAAACAAGAUACAUCCCUUAGUAACAUCUACCUCCAAGCGAGCAUCCUGAGAGUAGGUGUGCAGAGAGCUCUCCUGACAGCUUAAUGUCACCUCUCUCUGGGUGUCCCCGAGGACAUCUCUGAGUCCUUUCUGGGCAGAUACAAGGGAAACAUUCUCACACCCUGCUCCUGAAAAAGCCCCUCUCAAAAGCCUCUCCCAGUAGUCGCAUCAUCUCUGUGGGGCACUGAAUUUUAGUGAACAGAACUCCCAGAAGACUUCCCAGAGCUCUACAACUCUCCAUGAAACUGGUGUCCAGUAUUGAAAAUAGUGUGUGUCCCUAAGUUCCUAUAGCUCUACAUUACAGAAAACUAUGAUACAAUUCAUCCAAUUUUUGCAAUAAUAAAUCAUGUAUAUUGAAGAGAUAUCCACCACUGUCCUUUUUUAAAAAUGUCAUUUACACAAUCUUAACAGAGUGAGAAAAAAAUCAGUGCAUUUAAUUUCAAAGAGUAUGUGAAUACAAAUCAUGACUGUAGAGAAUGAGGCUUAAGCCCAUAUCUUGGGCUUAGUCACCACAUGGCCAUUUUUUACAUGUCAGGUCCUGCCAAUUUAAGAGGUUGCCACCAUAGCAUGAGUCACACAUCUCCUUUAAGGAGAGCACAUGAUCCCACAAGGACACAUCCCGAAUCUCCCCAACAAAGGAUUGUUUUGCAUCCAAAUGUCCCCCAAAGGAAUCCUGCUCUUGUCCCAGGAUAAUCUUUGCCUCUGCCAUCACAGAGUACUCUUUCUUCAAACCCUUUCUCCCCACUAGCUUCCCAGAGUUCAGCAAUCCCAGAGGCAGACUCCCAGCUUGCACAAAUGUGAACUGGGGCAUGCAGGGAGUAAGGGACCCUGAAGGUGACCCCAGAAUUCCCAACAUAGAGCAUGUACUCUCCAGGUAUG